AUGUCGCGAAUUUCAACACACGAGACGAUGCAGACUGCAAACCACAUGUAUAAUAAAUUUACGUCACAUUUGUUUAAAUUGUCUAGAACGUUAAACUUGUGUAGAAAAACAUCGAGGUUUGAAAAGUCACGCAUCUCUAAAAUGACCAAUAACGCUGUUCUUGUGCAAAAAUUCAAUCCGGGAACGGGAAAUUUGGAAUGGGAUUUACAAGCUGAGGAUUAUGACUACACUCAAGAAAUCGCCCGGGCUGGAUUCGCUGACAUGCUUCACGACGAAGAAAGAAACUUGAAAUACAAUUUAGCAUUACAAAAAGCCCUAAAUUUACUGAAAAGUAAAGGAAAGGAGGCUUUUGUACUGGAUAUCGGCACUGGAACUGGACUUCUUGCGAUGAUGGCAGUUAAAGCCAAAGCAUCUUCAGUUACUGCUUGUGAAACAUUUCAGCCAAUGGUCAAAUGUUCGAGUGAAGUUAUUGCCCACAAUGGUUUUCGUGAUUCCAUCAAUAUCAUUCCAAAGAGAUCUACUGACAUCACUGUGGGUCCCAAUAAGGACAUGGAGCAGAGAGCUAAUGUUCUAAUCACUGAAGUAUUUGAUACUGAACUAAUUGGAGAAGGUGCCAUUGGGACUUUUAAUCAUGCAAAUCAACAUUUGCUUACAGAAGAUUCUAUUGUUAUACCUGCUCGAGCUACUAUUUAUGUUCAGUUAAUUGAGUCUGAGCUAGUUUCCUCAUGGAACAGAUCAAAACCUAUCCAAUUGAAUGGCCAAAUCAUUCAACCUCCAGCUGAUGUGGCUAAUUGUCCUGGAAAUGGAGCAGUGCAUGACAUUCAACUUGCUCAACUCACCCCAGAACAUUUUAAGGCACUCUCAGACCCUAUUCCAAUUUUUAAUUUCGAUUGGAACAGCAAACAACCUAUUCCUAAUGAUGAUUCAAAAACAGUGGAAUUCACAGCCAAGUCCAGUGGGACGGCUCACGCCGUAUUAAUGUGGUGGACAUUGGACAUGGACACAGAAGGUGAAAUAGUUUUAAGUUGUGCUCCUCCUUGGGCCCAUCCAGAAGGAAAUGAAUUACCGUGGAGAGAUCAUUGGAUGCAAGCUAUUUACUACUUUCCUAAUGACAAAACUAUCAAAUCGGAGGGAGAGCAACUACGUCUCAGCGGUUACCACGACGAAUACAGCCUUUGGUUUGGAUUACAGACUGAAGCCUCCUCUUCCGCUAUCUUGCCCCGCCCAUUCUGUGAUUGCUCCGUUCACCUUGCUGUUAGCCGACCUCGUUUAGGCCAAUUGAACGACAGUGAACGCAAUCAGAAGUACCAGACUGCUUUAGAAAAAGUGGUUAGCUCCGAUACUGUCUGUUUGACACUGGGUGAUUGCUGUCUCUUAGGACUAAUAGUGGCAAAAUUAGGCGCAAAAAAAGUCUAUGCCGUUGAGAGAAAUCCACAUUGUCGUCGAGUAUUGCAGGCCUGGGUGAAAAGAAAUGACCUCCAAGAACAAAUUACCGUCAUUGAUGGAGAUCUCGAUAAAAGAAAACUCGACUUAAAGGUGAACCUUGUGUUGGGUGAGCCUGUUUUCGAGAGCUCUGUGCUGCCUUGGCACAACCUUUAUUUCGCGCGCUGGAAAAACAACGUGCAACAUUUAUUGGCAGAUGGCGUGACUAGAAUUUUUCCUGGAAAAGCGUAUCUAUACGCCAUGGCUGUCGAGAUGAAAGAUUUAUGGAAAAUCCGAGCACCCGUCCGCUCCACUCAAGAAAUUGAUCUGUCAGUUUUUGACAAGUUAAUUGAGAGCGCAAUCGACUCUAGCGAUGCUCAGGUCGAACCGCACCCUCUGUGGGAAUAUCCCACUCGAGCGCUAAGUCAAGCUGUUCAACUCAUGAUGCUAGAUUUGACAACACUUUCUGGAAAGACGCAAGAAAUUCUCCAAGUGGAAGGUAAGGUAAACUUACCAGUCGCUGGAACUCUUAAUGGAGUAGCCUUGUGGAUCGAUUGGCAACUGGACGAGAACACUACAAUCAGCGGUGGGCCAACUGCUCCUGUCACGCUCAGCCAAAACGUUCAAUGGGACGUGCACUCGAAACAAGCCGUUUACUUCACUAAAGACCCCGUUAGUAUUUCUGAAAAAGAUGGAAAAGUUUUGAACUAUCAAAUCAGUCUCGACCCCGAAACUUAUGAACUCAAAUUUAAGUUUUCAGUCUGAUAAGACGGAAAUGUAUUUGAAUUGAAAAAAGUACACAUUUUUU